AUGCCGAACAGCGAGCCAAUGACGGCGGACUUGUUCCUGAGUUUGUUCGGGCGGGAGAAGGCUCCGGAGGCACUCCUCGGCUUCGGGCUGCCAGCGACGACGAGCGCGGAGACCAGCGGCAACUUCGGGCCGUCGCCGCAGAAGCUCGACAAAUGGCCCACCUGGCUAAUCGACCGCGUGCAGUCAUCCCAGCCAUUUACGCAGAUGCUCGUCACGCUGCAGAAGUCUUGGCGCUUCAAAGUGCCAGGGGCCGGCAACGCGCCGCUAAGUCGGUGCAAGUUUGUGUUCAGCCGCCUGCAGGUUGUGAGAGCGCGAGAUGAGAAUGUCCGCGGGUGCGUCGAGGACUGGGGAUACGCGCCCCUGGGAAUGAAAGGCGAAGCGGCGACGGGGCUGGCGGGCGAAUCGGACGCCGAGGAUUUCGGCGCCAACGAAGGCAACGGCCCCGAACCGGGGCCGCCCCGAGACAACCCGCCGCCGAAGCUAGCCCCCGCUGACCCUCGCCGCUUCCCCGCCAAUUGGAACAACCGGCCCCGGCAGAUCGCGACCGGCCCCCCUUCCGAGAAAGAGUCGGCGCCGCAGCAGGACAUCCCGCAGUGGGGCAGCCCGCUGCUGGCGCCCGCGGGCGGGAACGGGGCCACGGGGCGCCAGCGAGGCGAAGUUGCGGCGGACUCCCCCGCGGCACGGGGCGCCGGCGGCGCUGAGGGCAGGAGCCGCAAGCUGACGGUGCAGGCCGUCGCUGUAUACUCUGACGAGUCGAAAUCUGCUGUGGAUAUCAGGGCCGCCGUUGGCGGCGUUGCCGUGCACGACGACCUCGCGCGCGAACUGUCCACGCGCGUGUUCGGUGACUCCCGUCUUGGCGGCUGCGACCGGGAUGCCGAGGACGGCGCGAAGGUCGCGUCGGAAUUCCAGGUCGGCGACGAGGACGAGGGCGUCGCGGCGGAGCGGGGCGCGGUGCAGGCCGCCAUCGCGGCGGGGAGUUGGCCGCAAGUCGAGGCGUGGCUGGAGCGGCACGGCGUGGACGCGGCGGUGCUGGCCUCUGGCGAGUCGGCCCUCUCCUGGCGGAGCAGGGCAGCCUCCACAUUGUGA